AUGCGCCCAAACACUUGUCCUAAAAAUGCAAACCAGCAUCCUGGUGAGAUUCUCCUCCAAAACAAAAGGAAAAGACGCACUGCUCAUCAAAUCCAGGAAGACAACGAGCAAGUUGAGCAUGAAUGGCAGGAGAAGGAAGCUGCCGCUCAGCACACCACUGAGAAGAUUGCCUCUAUUGAAGACAAGAAGACGUUGAAGGACUUGAAGAUCCUCAUGCAUGCACCAAAGCCUAGGCCUCGGGCGCAUCCUAUUUCAAAGUCAAAGGUGAGCGAGCCAAACAUUGAGUAUGAUGACGGGAUUGCGGAAGGUGCGGCUGAGAUGGAGGAAGUUGAAAUGAGGAAUAUAGCUGCAGAUGAUAAUGAUGGCGAUGAGGACUUUCAUCUAAGUGAGGAGGAGAAUGCAGAGGUGCAGCCGAGGAACAAGCGUUUACAGAAGACAGCAUAUCGUGAGGCUGUCCAUGCUGAGCGAAGUGUUAAUAAUAUGGGCAUCAAACAUGAUGGCAUGAGCCAUCAGAAUGAUGUCGUAUCAGAUGCUGAUCGCACAAAGGCACAUGGUGACCAGAAAGGCAAGAAAGGAUUCAUUGCGGACGUCUGCACAGCCAAGGAUGACUAUGUGGGGAUGGGGAAAACAAAGGACUGGGCUGAGAAACUUGCAACAAGCAAGUUGCUCCGGCCUCAACUUGAAAGCCUUCGAACCACAUCACACAGACAGGUGUCCUCGAUUACCACCUCAACUGCCAUCUCAAAGAUCUCAAAAGUGACUAGCGCCGGUGCUGAUCCCACUCACAGCCCACACCCCACAAACAAUGUCCAAGGCAAUCUUGAAGAACCUACCACAGCAUUUUUGGAUGAGGACGAUUCACUCGAGCGUCAGGCUGCCUUCAAGGCUACUAAAAAGCCUGGUGCCAGGCACACAUCUUCUAUGGACUGGACAGGCAUGUGGAGAUCUCCCUUCAUACUUCAGACAUUUGCAUCGCACCUCAAUUUCACUUUUGGCCGUGUUGAAGUCCCUGACCUCAACACCAAGAGCAUUAGUGCAUGGGCUGCAUUUGCCCUCGCUGUUACUGCUGUUUAUCGUACUCUCCAGCUAAUCGUUGAUGGGAACAUCACUUUUGAAGUCAUUCAAGAAUCCCGUGGCAAACGCAAAGGCAUGAAGACCAAUGGCGGUGAUAUCUGGACACCCGUCAUCACAAAGGGUGAGCAGUUUGCUUUCAGCAAACCUAUCUGGGGGUAUAUGACCAUCAAGCUCAUGGGGCCCAUUGUAGCACUUUUUGACAACGUCUUCGCGAGCAUUGUUGAGGAGGCACAACAGUAUGCCAAGCAUGCAAAAAGUGUUGGGAACUCAGGGACUACCACCAGUGAUGCGCCUGAUGAGGAUGAUGUCCUGACAUCCUGGCAGCCUGCGGCUGGUUGUCCAUGA